GAGAGCAAUGGCUAUGGCAAUGGUACUCAUUUUGCAUGUAAGCAGAGUCUAAGCAUGGUAAAUCAGGUAAAUGAAACAAAAUAAUUAAUUGAAACUUAAAUUCUGAAAAAUAUUCACUACAUGUAGAUUCACUACAUGUAGUAACUAGUUUGUUUCACCUGUGAGAUACCCAUGUUGCUAAUUAAUAUUGAAAAAUUAUGCCUGACGAAAUCAGUCAAAUCACCAGUCCAGACGUGACCAACACCUCUGCUUACCAAACCCAGGAUGGAGUGAAGUCAAAGUUUGGAUUGGUGGCUCUUGGUGUUACAGGAACCAUUGUCGCAGGUUUAUUUGUUGGUACGUUACCAUUCCUGACACCUGCACUGCGGCGAAUAUGUCUUCCAUAUGUUCCAGCUACAAACACCCAGAUACAAAACAUUCUCCAAAUGUGUAAAGGAAGAUCAGGACGCUUGGUCGACCUUGGCAGUGGUGAUGGAAGAGUGGUAAGAGAGAGACUAACAAACCUGUUCUCCUCAGACACUUGUCACAAUAUGAAAGCAAUACAUAAUAGUCAACUACCCGAAAAAUACAAGGAGAACUUUGAAGUUUUGAGCGAAGACCCUUCGUCAAGCUACUUACUUCCUGCCAAUAGCUAACUUUUGUUUGGCUACUAACUUCCUGACAAAGUGCCUUCAUUCAAAAUGUUGAAGUUCUCCUGUAUUUUUUAUUCUAGGGGUGGAGGCCAGUGCCGUAACUCCUUUGGGUGCCGCCUCGCUCAAGCCAGGGCCCAAGUCAAUUAGGGGGCUCCCGAACAAGGAUAACAAAGUAGUAAAUUUGAUGUAUUUCAGCCAAUUUUGCAUCUUUUUGACAUUGCCCUUCCCCCUUGUUGCUACUUUGAAUGGCCAGGGACCCUAUUCCAGUUAAAGCACAAAGAUAGAUAGGGACAAAUUAGUUAUGCCACUGGUGGGGGCAGGGGAAUGAGGGUUAACACAACCCUCAACAUUUUCCAAUUAAUCAAGGCUAAUGAAAGAGGCUGAUGGGGGAUUGUGUCAAAGGCUUCCGGUUUGUCAGAGUCACUUUUUUGUUACCUCGCAGUGGCAGUGCCACAGGGAGGACUGAAUGCUGGAAAUCGCUUUUCUGGGACUCUGGAUAAGAUUUCAAAAUCUUCCCUAGGGUGUCUCUAACCUCAUCCCCAGGCUCUUCCCUCUUGUGGAGGAUGUGGAGGGCUUAAAUUAACAGUAGAUUUGUUAUAAAAUUAUUACUUUCAUCGAAUAUUUCACUACUAUAGUAUGGCCUUGAGGCUUGAUGUAUUUGUAACAGAUCCAUUAGACCAGGCGGAGAAGGGGGGAAUAGUCCCCCGACGGGGAAAUUUAUGAAACCAAGUGAACUUGGUCAAUUUUGGGGUGCUGAAUUCGAAAAUCGUUGGUAUACAGGCCGUGGACGUGGCCUUCAGCCUCGUUUUCGCGUUUAAAGCCUCGUUCUAAUGCGAAAACGUUAUCCGCUCGAUUGAAGCGAAAACAAUGAAUAAUUUGUUUAAUAUACUCACUUUUAGGUAUUUUUAGGUGCAGAAUUCGAAAAUUAAUUGCAUUCGGACGAUAAACUGGGCCAUCUGCCUCGUUUCCGAGAUUUAUAGCCGCGUUUUUACGCUUUGAAACCAUGUUUUCCGAUUUUAGUUACUAAUAUAUUUAAAUUACACUUUAUGCACGCAUGUUACCAGUACAAGGCAAUGUGUCAUACUUUAAUGCGUAAAACAGGCCAUUUUGUGUACAAACAUGAAAUUUUUUAGCCCCGUACCGAGCUGACGUUUGGGCAUAUUUAAUUUUAAAAUUAGUACGUUCUCGUCGAUCUCUUGCAAUGUUGCAAAAUAUCCCAAAUUCGCGAUUUCUCUGUUUUAAUUGAUUAGUUCGAAUAAAAAAGCAUUUCGAUGCGGACAAUUUAUCUAUUUUUCUAGAUCUUAAGUGCUAUAAGGUUUUUAACGAUCGGUAAACGUAAAUAUCCGCGCGAAAAUGCUUGGUCUGAGCAAAAUAAUUAUUACUGAACAAAAUAAUUAUUGGCGGAAGUUGUCGAUUUCACGCUGUAAACAACAUUAAAAACAUAACAGAAUUCGAAGUGUUAUUGUUUCACAGUUCAUCGAAUUAGCAAUCAAGAGUCGUUUGAAUAGGUUUUAGAGACGAUGUAGGAAGAAAUGGCCGAUUGUGUUGUUCACUAUGACUCACUGGACACAUCUAGUGAUAAACUGAUUCGACCAAGUGCAAAUACAUUUGAAACUUUGCUCGAGUGUAAGAAAAUACGAGGGCGGUGAAAAUCAUCACAUUGAUCAAUGCAAUAAAAUUCCAGAGAAUUUGGGAGAAAUUGAGUACUUCUACCAUCGAAAAUGUUUUCAAAAGUUUGUAUAUGCCAAAACGUUAUUGAAACGGAAAACAAGCCAAGACGGCUGUCAAGGUUCCAAUAUCAAGCUUCAAAAAUCAACAAGAAAAACAUCACAAAGACAAAGUGAUGAAGCUACUGGCUCUAGAGGACUGUUCCCGAAUAUAUGUAUGAUUUGUAAGAAGAAGGAGUUAAGGGUUAAAAGUGUACGCCAGUCACUAUCUAGGAUUGUCACCGAUACUGCAGAAAGAACACUAAAAGAAGCUGCAAUUGCUCACAAUGAUUUAGAAAUGAUGACAGCCGUCACCGAAACUGAUUUGAAAGCAAAAGAAUUUCAAAAACACGAAAAAUGCUAUCUUGACUAUACUAGAGUCGUCAGGAAAACAGCUGAAUCAACCGAAGGUGGAAAUGAUGACAAACAAUCAGGGGACUACAACGUAGUACUUUCUUUGGUAGACAGUGAUAUUAUAGGCGGUCAGCAAUGUUUGUCAAUGGAAACACUAAUGACAAGAUAUUGUGGUAAUAUUGGAACAAGGCAAAGCAGACACAAGCUGAAGGAACGCCUUACGAAGUCAUUUGGCGAUCAAAUAGUUUUUCUUCAACUGAAGCAGAAUAUCAUAUUUCGCAAGUGGUGA